UCUUGAUUCUCGCCAGCGGAACUCAGGCAGCAGGCGGAACAGAAACAACACUGCAUUGUUCAGGGGGAACCAUAACAUCGUCGGACACUGUGUGGUCUCUAAGCUGACAGCGUUUUUGAAGGGAUGUGUGAAGCAGCAGAGAAGAACCUGUAUGCUGUCUUGGGAGCCAGCCCCUCAGACUCAGUCCAGCAGCUCAGACACAGGUACCAGCAGCUGGCCUUACAGUACCAUCCAGAUCGUCUCAGAGGUGAGUGUCCUUCAGAAGCAGAGUCUGCUUUGAAGAAGUUUCUAGAAGUUGAUGAAGCUUGGAAGAUCCUUAGUGACCAGAACACCAGGAGACAGUAUGACCUGCAGAGGAGAGCACUGGAACUGAAACAGGAUUGGCCUGUGGAUUCUACAGUCUAUCUGGACGACAUGACCUGGGAUCCAGUGUGUGUUGUUUCAGAUGAGUGUGUGUAUACAUACAGCUGUCGCUGUGGAGGAGGAUUCAGUGUCUCAGAGGAAGAGGUGGAGGAGGAGACACAGAGGAGGCAGCUGGAUAAUGAAGAGGAGGACACAAAGGACGAAGAGCACAGAGGAGUGGUUGUUUGCUGUGAUACAUGUUCCCUCAGUGUGUAUGUCACAUGGUCAUUACAUAGAAAGACUCAAAUGUUAAAAUGCCAAUAAUAAUCCUUGUUUGGAAACCUGCCGAGCCUGGCUACCUAACAAUUGUGUCAACAUUACCCUCUAUGGAGGAGGACACCAAAUUAUCAAUGUGUUGGUCAGUGGAAGUAAAAAGUGGAAGAGUUCUCUCAGUGUCUCAGA